AUGUCGGGCAACAAUCCCGUGGCCCCGCUAGACGAGCAGCAGCUCCAAAAACAACAGCACCAGCAGAAACUGUCGCAACAUGAGGAAACGGAGAGCCAGCAACCAGAUUACUCGACAUGGAGUACCACCAGCCUCAUCGACAGGAUUACCGAACUAGAGCGCCAAUUGCACACGCGGACAGCAGAGUACACCCCUGCUCACCCGAAGUCCCAGGAACCGGAGCCGAAAAAGAUACCUAAAUGGCUAGCGACGGGCAAGUUCUCCCCGGACGAUAUCGCCCAUGCGCCCGGUGCGCGCAUCCCGAAGCCGCCACGGAAGAUGGAUCCGACAAAGUACAACUUCCGGCAUAUUGCACUGAAGUUUGCGUAUCUCGGACAGCGUUACAAUGGCCUAGAACAUGCGAAUAAUAACGUGACACCAUUGCCGACUAUUGAGGAGGUGCUGUGGAAGGCGUUGCGGAAGACGCGGCUGAUCUUCCCGACUGAUAUGGAGGAUGAUGAAGGGGUGGAUUUGCUUGAUGAGGAAAGAGGCUCGGAGCCCAUUAAUCUUAGCUGGGAAGGGUGUGAGUAUUCCAAGGCUGGACGGACUGACCGUGGUGUCAGUGCUUUUGGCCAGGUUGUUGGCAUUAGGGUGCGCAGUGCCCGGCCGAAACCCAAGGAUUCGGAGCCGGGUGAGGAUUCAGAUGCUACUACUGGGAAAACGGAUGAGAACUGGGACGAUGUUGCAGAUGAGCUACCAUAUAUAAGCUUGCUGAACAAGACACUCCCGGAAGACGUUCGUGUGUUAGCAUGGUGCCCGAAUCCACCUGAAGGAUUCGAUGCUCGCUUUUCUUGUCGAGGACGACAUUACAAGUACUUCUUCACACAACCCGCCUUUUCCCCGACACCAGGUCCUUUUGGGUUUGCUCCUCGUGGUGGACCAAAUGCCCCACCGCCCAAUUAUCGAGAAGGAUGGCUUGAUAUCGAUGCUAUGCGUGAAGCAGCAAAACACUUUGAGGGUGUGCAUGACUUUCGAAACUUCUGCAAGGUGGACACAAGCAAGCAGAUUGAGAAUUUCAGACGAAUCAUAUACCGAUCCGAUAUUGAAUUGCUCGAUCCCGAAAGCAGUCUAGGCUAUGUGAGCGCUCCAGAUUUUCGAGCUUCAGAACAGCCUGCUACCGAUAAUGCCGUUGAAAAAGCACAGAGCCCAUCGCCGGCCGGAAGUCAGGUGUAUGUAUUUGACUUGCAAGGGUCCGCCUUUCUGUGGCACCAAGUGAGGCACAUGGUCGGUAUCCUGUUUCUGGUAGGGCAAGGCCUCGAGUCACCAUCUAUUGUGCCUGAACUGCUCGACAUCUCGAAGAACCCACGCAAGCCGAUAUACGAAAUGGCGUCUGAUGCUCCGUUGGUUCUCUGGGAUUGCACCUUUCCUGAAGAGGGCAGUGACAGUCGCGAGGACGCACUUGAGUGGGUGUAUGCGGGCGACUCUAGGCAGGUACGAUCCCAGUACGCCAGAGGCGGCGGGAAAUACGGCGCAAGUGGCGUGAUUGAGGAUCUCUGGGCUGUUUGGAGACAACGCAAGAUGGAUGAGAUCUUGGCCAGCGCAUUGCUGGAUCUGGUCGUUAAGCAAGGAGAUCAGAGUAGUGCCCAGUUUACUGAUGUCAAGAACAUUGAAAGGGAGAUACGGGGCAGGGGUCAGAAGGUCUUUAAUGGGGCAAACGGAGCCAAAAUUGGUGGCAAGUAUAUCCCGCUUCUGCAGAAAAGGAAACUUGAGCCUGUUGAAGUUCUCAAUGCAAGAUGGCUGGCAGCAAAGCAACGAAAGACGGAAGAAAAAGAUGCUCAGGGAAGCAAUAACGAGACAUAG